AUGACGUCCUCUCUAUCGGACCAUAACGAUGGGAGGUUGACAUUUGGCAUACAUGAUUCCAUUCCAUCAACAGCAAACUCGAAUUCAAUAACGAAUUUCAUUUCGAGAGUUGAUGCUCCUCAUCAACACCAUCCAACCAAUGCCAAUCCACAAUCGCCAACAUCCUUACCCUCACCUGAUUUGAUUUCUCAUUCAACAUUUCAUAUCAUGGAUGAGACAACUUGGUCCGAAAAAUCAUUCCUGACCAAUCAUUACUUUGUGAAAUUCAUUAUUGGUGUCAUCUUCCUAAUGGUAUUAAUUACAUUGAUGCUCCUCCUUUGUAUGCCCACUCUCUCUAUUCCUCUCGUGCCAUCAUUACUUGCUCUUCCUCUUUUUGGAGAAUUAUCUUUAAAAAAAGAAUUCAUGAACGACCGAAUCAUGCAAGCAAAUUCAUUACUAUUGAACUCACAAGCAACGUUUGCCACCACUUUGAACAUGUUGCAAAUGAAUUCGCUUUCAUUUUUCCCCAUUUCAUCUCUGAAUGGAACGAUGAGUUUUAAUAUUGUUGUUGGACCAAUUUCUGAAAAUGUUGUGACCAUUGUUGAAAUUACUUAUAUGGUCGAUCAUCCUAAUGAGGAUUCAAAUCCAUGGUUACAAGCUACCAUACGACCUGACACCAAUGUGGUGGUCAAUUCUGGUUCGCCACCGAACAAGUCAUUUGUGAGAAGUGUGAAAAAUUUAUCCGGAGCACAAAUGUAUCAACAUGUGAUUCGAUUUUUAUUGACAUCAUCAUCUUUAUUGAAUUCUACUCAACAAAUUAUUGACAUGUUUACCUUACAAUCCAAUGCAUUUAGUGUGAAUGUGAAUUUGGCAAAUUCGACCACCACCACCACCACCACUCCUACUAACUCGGCCACACCACUUGUUCCCUACCCAACAUUCUCCGAUGAAUUUUUUCCUGGAAUUUAUCUGUAUCCUGCAUUUGUUGGAUUUGCUUUUUUGUCAUGUUUAGCAAGUUUUCUCAUUUGGCAUGGGGGGUAUCGAAGAAGGAAGAAUCCAGCUGCUUUGGGAGAGAGAGAAACAAAAGUUUGUAGACAUUGCUUGGUGUUGAGCUGUGCAUUGUGUUGCUAUGUGGUUGUGUUUCUUGCUAUUGGAAGUGCACCAAUAUUUGGCAUGAAUCGAACAUUUACAAAAUGUUGUGCUUUAUUUCAAUCCAUCUAUUAUGGUAGUGAUUUGGUGUUUGGAAACUCACCAGAAAAAAACAUGUUUAAUAUUGAUGCAACCAACAAAUUGGAGAGAUGUGUGACAAUCGUGCCGUAUCAGCAUUUAUUUUGGUUUGGAGAAGCUUUGGACACAGAGGAAUAUUUGAAUCGUGCUCAGUGUGUGAAUGAUGAAUAUCGAUCAUUCACAACCUAUAAUUACAACAUGAUUAUUUACUUGUCCGUUUUCUUGGGAGUGGCAGUGCUGUGCUUUCCAAUAUUUCAUUGCAUGAUUACGAUUUAUUCGAACAAGUUGUACAUGUUGACCAAGAAGCAACACUCUGGAGAAGUCACCAUAAGUUUUGAAGUGGUCAGUAAUUGA